UCAGUGAACCAAGUUAACAACUGUGCUGGAAAAAACCCGUUCCACUGCCGACAGUACUCUCAGUGAUAAAUUCACUGGAGACAAAGUCGGAGGAGCCGGAAAAAAUAACGCAAUAACACAUCAGUAAAGAUAGCACCGAUAAGCGAGAUUGAGAGAGCAAUGGCAGUCAGCAAUUCACAACAAAUCGAGGAGCUAUAUGACUUCAUCCAUCCGCUGGCAGUAAGAGCGGGAGAGAUCCUCCUCGAGGGCUAUGAAAAUGCCGGCAAGGCUGUCUCACUCAAGUGCGGAGAAUUCUACAAUGUGGUCACUGCCUAUGACAACCAGAUCGAGGAGUUUCUCAUGGAGAAGAUACUGGCUAGCUAUCCGGAUCACAAGUUUAUCGGCGAGGAGGAUACCCACAAGAAUCACAACAAUGUGACCAACGAACUGACAGAUGCACCCACGUGGAUCAUAGAUCCCAUCGACGGUACCUCGAACUUCAUCAAACAGAUCCCGCACGUGUCUGUUUCGAUUGGUUUGUCCAUUAACAAACAAAUCGUUCUGGGUGUGGUUAAUAAUCCUGCCCAGAACAAGCUCUACACGGCUAAACUGGGACAGGGUGCCUUCUGCAAUGGAAAGCCGAUUCGGGUGAGCAACUGUGAGCAUCUCAAUGAUGCCAAUGUUGCGUAUGAGGUUUGCCUUCUGCACGCUCCAAAGAUUCGCAACAAGCACAUCAAGAGAAUCUACCAUGUGGGAUCACAGGCCAGGAGGCUCCUUGCUUACUCGGCUGUGGUGGAUUCACUCUGCAUGGUGGCCGCUGGCAACCUAGACGCCUUUCACAUCGAGGACAUGUAUCCUUGGGACUGUGCCGCAGGCUAUCUGCUCAUCAAGGAGGCCGGCGGCGUGGUCACUCAUCCCUAUGGUGGUCCCUUUGAUAUAAUGAAGCCGGAUCUCAUCUGUGCCGGAACAGAGACAUUAAGAGCGGAGAUAGAGCAACUUAUACGGAAGGCUGAUCAGCAGGCGCAUGUCGGUGCAGAGUAAUGAGAACAGCUUACAAAAAGAGAAUAAUAAUAAUAAAACCUGAAGAUCACCAUAAAACUGAGUUUAAACAAGAAAAGAUCUAAUAUGCAAGUCAUCAUGAAGAGUUAAUUAAACAUAUGAUAUAUACUUUUAAACCCUACUGUAAAUUCAUAUUAGCUUUCUAUGUAGCAACCAGAUUUUGAGAAAAAUAAUCGAAAACCCAAUUUGAUAAUGUAAAGUUGAACAGGAGUAAAUACUCUGUUUAUUAUAGAAAUCUUUUACUAAUUAUUAUGAGUCAAAUUUACACACAAUAUUCAUAGACCUUACAGCAUAUGGAACACUCAAAUCUGUACACUAUCAUAAUCCCAGCGAUAAGCGUGCACAGUAGCACUCAAAAUAAUAUAAACUACAUUAAAAUAUGAACUAUUUAAAAUCUGAACUUAUU